CCAGCUCACUGCUCGACCGUUCACCGCGCCACGUGACCUUUGACCCCGAGAGGUCAAACGAGGUCACGAUACCCCGCCGGCAUCGGAGUUUCCACGAGAAGGGAUUGACCAAUCAGAGCGCGCGGCGUCGGAGGCCUCAGCCAUCACCGUCGACCUCGCCGAGCAGUUCAUGACGCAGGAGGGACUCAAGAGCCCGGGCUGGACCAAUCAGCGCCAAGGACAGGUGGAAUCGACCAAUCGGAGGGAAGGUGGGUUGGUGCUGGCCAAUAGGAACGCAGAGCUGGUGGAACCAAUGGCCAAUCAGCGUCCAGGGCAGUUUGAAUUGGCGAAUCAGCGUCCAGGAGAGUUUGAAUUGGCCAAUCAGCGGCCAGUAGAGGUGGAACCGGCCACUCAGCGUCCAGGAGAGUUUGAAUUGGCCAAUCAGCAUCCAGGACAGUUUGAAUUAGCCAAUCAGCGUCCAGGACAGUUUGAAUUGGCUAAUCAGCAUCCAGGACAGUUUGAAUUAGCCAAUCAGCGUCCAGGAGAGUUUGAAUUAGCCAAUCAGCGUCCAGGACAGUUUGAAUUGGCCAAUCAGCGUCCAGGAGAGAUUGAAUUAGCCAAUCAGCAUCCAGAACAGUUUGAAUUGGCCAAUCAGUAUCCAGAAGAGAUUGAAUUAGCCAAUCAGCAUCCAGGACAGUUUGAAUUGGCCAAUCAGCAUCCAGAAGAGAUUGAAUUAGCCAAUCAAAUCGCAGAUCAGAACGCGGUUUACGUGCAAUUGACCAAUCAACUUCGAGGGAUUCUGACCCAUCAACCAAGUGACUCAGACGAACCGACCAAUCAGGAUGAAGCUCUCGGCAUCUGGACCAAUCAGGAUGAAGCUCUCGGCAUCUGGACCAAUCAGCAUGCAGAAGAGGAGGUUGUCGACGUCAUCGCCAACAAAUACGCAGGUGAGGAACCAUCAGCCAAUCAGAGGGCCGAUACCCCUCUCCACGACGAUGACGUCACCGAACCACCCAAUGAGGUGCGCCCAUUCCCCUCCGAACGGACCAAUGGCGAGGCCCCCAGCGGUCAAACUAUGACGUCACGGCCUCCUGACGUCACGGAUAUGAAUAGCCAUACCCGUCCUUGGCACUCCCCUCAGUUACCCACUGACCGCCGCGGGGAGAGGACACACGCCGCUGCCGCCGCUGCCACUCCCGAGGUGCCCACGCGUACCCCCCGUGCCCUCGACAGUGCCCCGGAGAGUGCCACGCCCGACGCCAUGCCCCAGGAAUCGCCGGCCAUGCCCACGAGGGUCAAGACGCGUUCCUACGGCCGCGUCGAAGUGUACGUGGCUCGCAUGGGAGAGACAGUGCCCCAAAGUGCCCCAAAGUGCCCGAGUGCCCCAGUGCCCACGAGUGCCACAGUGGUGCCACAUCACGUGACUUUCAGCCCCUCGGUGAAACAAGUGAAUUGGCGAGAGAGCUAUUUGGAGGAGGAGGAGGAGGAGGAAGACGAGGAUAAAGAGAGGAGAUGGAGAGAAGAAGAUGAUAAAGAAAGGAGAUGGAGAGAAGACGAGAGAAGGAAAGGAGAUGGAGAGAAGAAGAGGAGAAAGAGGAGAGAGAGAGAGAAGAGAAGGAGAAGAGGAAAACACAAAAACGAACGAAGGGGAUAGAGAGCAACACGAGAGAAACGGAGGAGGAGAGAGAGAGACGCGAAUAAUCGGAGAAGACGCCAUAACGAGAGUAAAGAUAGUGGAAAGCACAAGUCCGAAAGUCCAGAGAAUAUUGACCCCGCCG